AUGAUAGUAAUAAGCAAUCAAAACUAUUUUCUAUCAAGUAAUUCUACAACAAGUAAAAUAGAAGGCUCGUUCGAAGAAAUAUUUAAACUAUUUGAUGAAAAUAAUGUAAACUUAGCUGGAGUUGACAACGUUAAAAUGAAAAUAGAAGAUGAAAGUGAAGCACUUGAAUUUGAGCAGCUAGUAGAAAAUUUUUAGAUUUUAAGAACAUGCUUUAAUAAGUUUAAAAUAGUUUAGAUGAUAUUUUUGCUGAAUAAAGACUUUGACCUUUAAAAACUAAAUAAGAUCAUUUCUUUUCCAUCUAAUUUAAAAGACCUUAAUGAAUUGACAAUCACUGUUAGCUAAAAAGUGUAGAAUUAUUUAAAGAAAGAAAAUAACUAAAUAAAAACAUAACAUAUAAGCAUUACUGAAAUAGAUUCUGUAGUUGAUAAAAUAAGUAAUUUGAUAGAAUUAUCUUAAACUAUAUAAAAACUUAAAAUAAAUCUUAUGGGAUAUAGCUUUAGCGAUAUGACAUUUCAAAAAUUUAGUAGAACUUUAUAACUACACUAAAACAUUUAGCAGAUAAAUAUUAGAUUAUAAUUAACUUUUUUGCAAGAAGAGAAAAUAAAUAUUUUAAUGGAUUCAAUUUGCCAAAUUAAAUAAUUAAAAUAUCUACAGCUAAAUUUAUCUGAUAAUCCAAUUUAAAGUUAAGGACUUUAGACUUUUGCUAAAUUUUUACUCAGGCUUGGGCAUUUAAAAUAGGUUUAUUUAUCCUUUUAAUAGGCUAAAAUAUAUAAUGAGCUUUAAAAAGCUGAAUCAUUUUUCUAAAAUUUAAGAUACCUUUAUUAGGUAGAAGAUUUAAUGCUAAGUUUUAGUUUAAACUAGUUAAAAAAUAAGUUGUCAAACUUAAUGUUUGAGAGUGUUAGCUGCUUAGUAAAUUUGAAAAAUCUUCAUUUAGGAUUAUCAUGCAACUAAAUAUCAGCAAAAGGGAUGAAAAAUAUCAAAAAACUAUUAAAUCUUUCAAAUUUGGAAACUCUUGAAUUGCUUCUUGGGUAUAAUGAAAUUGAAUCAUUUGGUGAAAUUUAGUAAAUGCAAUGUCCUUCUAUGAAAAGAUUACUAAUUAAUAUAAUGUAAAAUUUUCUAACUGAAGAAGGGUGCAAAAAACUUGGAUUAAUAUGUAAUAACUAUCCAAAUCUAAGAUAUUUAAGCUUAAGAUUUAGUUAAAUAGGUUUGGGUGAUUAGAAAUUUAAAAUGAUUUUUGAUUAAUUUACUCAUACUUAAAAAGACCUUUAAAAGUUUCACCUUUUAUCUUCAAAGAAUUUACUUACUUGCAAUUCAGCUGAGACAAUAAGUUAAUUUUUGUCUCAAAAACCUAAUAUUAUUACCUUAAGCCUUUGUAUAGCAUCGAAUUUCAUUAGAAAUAAAGGAUGCUAUAUUCUUAUGGAGUCUAUAAAAAAGUAUAGAACAACAAUGAUUGAUUUUGAAACAAAUUUAUGUGGUAAUAACUGCUCGAUGCAAGGGAAAAUGGCAUAUUUUGGAGAAGUUACUAACUUCUAAUAUCUAACUUCAAGUUUUCUUUAUUUUGACAAUAAAAGGAGUGGAUACUAUCAUCUUAUAUUCAGUAAGAUACAAAAAAUUUAAGAAAUGAAUUUAAAUGGAGUUUUGACUAUUGCAAUAUUUUGCAAGCUUUAUGAUAGAUCUUUGUUUUUUAACAUCAAUUGUGUUUUAUAUGAUCUUUAUAGUGACUGA